AUGACCAUGAACCCCUUGUUUUCUCUGGUUAAUGAAUCCAUAAACCACACCUCGGAGCACUUUGACCCCUACUGCUUGGACUUCCCCAUCGGCCCCAUCAUUUGGGCAAUCCUGAGUUCCCCCUGUGCCCUAGUGGGUGUGCCUGCAAGUGUUUGGCUUCUGUGGGUGCUCGUCCAGAGGCAGCGCAGUGGCACUGGCUCCUCCAACGACAUCUACAUGCUCAACCUGACCGUCAUGGACGUGUUGGCCACGAUUCAAGUUCUUCCAUAUCAACUGAAUUUUUUCCUCUUGAAAUACAACCUGUUACGGAACAGCCUGGAUUUUGUCUAUGCUAUCAACAUGAUGGGAAGGCCUCUGUUAAUGGCCUGCAUUUGUUGGGACUGCUGCAUGGCUGUGUGCUACCCGAUAUUCUACAUGAGGAUGACACGUACACACUACAGACUCAUCACGUCUGCCGUGUCCUGGGCUGUGGCCAUUGCGUGGGCUUCUCCAGUCUUUAUUCUUCAAAACUUCCCAGACAUCCUGCUGUCAAUCCCGUACUUCCUGACUCUUCCGGUCAUAGUGGGCUGCGACGUCGCCAUCCUGCGCGCCCUGAAGAAGCCGGAUCCUUCUGGAAAGACGGACGUCCACCCGCAGAAGCAGAGGGCCCUGUUGGCCAUCACACAGAGCCUGGUGCUGACGGUCCUGGUCUUUCUGCCGCCGAUGGUGAUAUUUGUCGUCACGCCUCACUUGUCCCUGACUCCUCAGGAAAUAUACUGUUGUGUGAGCAUACCGGCUGUCGUUCCUCCUUCUCUGGCCAGCAUGCUCAUGCCGUUGAUGUACCUGCACAGUCUGGGAAGCUUUAGGGACCUGAGACGGUGUGGGCAUGAAGCAGGGCUGGAUUAA